AAUGUCAAUGUUUUUAUUUAUUUAUGAAUAAUUCUAUUUUUGCCGUCAACUUCCUAUUCAUGCCCUCGGUUAUAUGUAUAAGUGCAUAAAAGCCAGGUAGCCUACGGAAGGACGUCGUCGCUGUGACCGGGCGUGGAGCAGCAGACCGGAUCCCCUCUGAUCAGAGCUAGGCUAGCCUCAGUCCAAGGCACCGCAACCAAACCGAACAGUAAGUCCAACCUCAGGUCGUAUAACUUGGCCAUGCAGCUGAAGGGGCUGUCCCACUGUAAGGGGGCGCUGGCCUUCGCCCUCCUCAUGGACCUCCUGGGGGGGGCGUCCCUGCUGCUCGGGGUCUUCGCCCCGCUGGAGCUCAACGGACAGGACUUCGGAGACCUGCUGGUGUACACAGGGGCCCUCCUGGUGGUGCUCUCCUUGGGGGGCUGGGUCCUCUGGUACUCUGGGAACAUCGAGGGCCUUCCCUCCAGGAAGGAGCUGGGCCACAUCGGCUCGGCCGUGGACCGCCUGGCCCGCAACCUCAGCCGGAGGAUCCACACCUUCAGGAGCCGCCACCCCUGACCCCUGACCCCUGACCCACCGGGACCUGGGCCGUCAGAUCCAGAGACCAGCUGAGCGAUCUCCGACCCACCGGUUCAGCGUCGAUACGAUGUGUUGAUACAUGUCCUCUCCUCUGCUCCUGUUACUGUGAAACAGACGACUGAAGCCCAUGUCCUGUGCAUUUCUGACCCGUUUUAAAGCAGGGUUUGUUAGUUGUAGACUUAAUAUUGUGUUGUGUUUGGCCCCAUGCAUCUUUAAUAAAUGUUGAAAUCUGAUUCUUUGUCAUUUAAGUGUUUUAUUUAUUAUUAUUUUAACUCUAAACCGGGAGCUGAGUUAGCCAUUAGACUUAACCUAACCCUACUGUUC